ACAGAUUUGCAGGACCUCCAUAUGCUGUCAAGAGAGCCCUUACAACUUCUCUAUCUCUCAGCACCCAAACAGGAGCUUUUUCCUUUUUUUUUUUGUGGGAUAAUAUUGUGGAUUAUCCAUAUCCGCAGAAUAUAAGAGGACUCAUGUGGAUGGUGGAGAGGCUCCGCAUGUCAGUGGAGAGAACUAACCUGCCUACCUUAACAGCAGAACUCAGCUUUAAACUUGGUGACAUCAUGUUGGGAGAAAAGGCUGACAGAUCCAAAAAGAUUUCUCUCUGUCCUAACAUCAUCACCCCUGACAACAUCCCAGAAUUCUGCAUCCCCCCAACAAUCCUAUCCUUGCAGGAGAUGAAGAGUAAGGAGCACAGCCGAACAGCUCGCAUUGUCAAGGGGCCUCCCGGUGGAGGGCCCAGCCCUGAGACAGAGAUGGCGUUUCACGAGUCGCUCAACCCACACAUUAUUCAGGUAGAAAGUGUGGAUGAGGGCCCCUGUGAUGGCUGCAGUGAUGAAGAGAGCACCAAUGCAGAUCCUCAGAGCCAGGCUGCCUUAUCCCUUCCACACCUGGCCAAAGCCCAAACCAGCUAUGGCUUUUGCACCUUACUAGAGAGCCCCCACACCAGGAGAAAGGAGUCAAUUUUCCACUCUGAUCCAGGCUCCUCUCCCCUGCUGCUGCCCAGAAGUCGAUCCAGCAUGUGUUCCAAACUCACCCCCUCCACCUCGCCCUGCUCCUCUCCUUCUUCCUUCAGCCUUAACAGCCUGACCUCCAGGCUUUCCCCAAGAGGCUACACCCUAAACUGGCAGACCACUCUAGACAGUGAUACCACUUCCUCUACUGAAUCCUCUCCUUUCAGCUCGCCGCUGCUGGCCAGGUGCCCUGCCAAGUCUUCUCUCUUCAAAGCGCUGAGCCAUGAACUGCUCUUGUCAAGGAACAUAAGGAAAGCAAUGGUGUCUAGGAACAAUUCCCUGUCCACAGAUGAAGGCAGCUCCACCGACAACAGCCCCAAUGUCAUGAGGAGGGCAUCAGAGGGGUUAGGUAAAGGCCUGCCCAGCAGCUGCAGCUUGGCACCACCCACCAUCUUCCCCAUGGACUUGAUUCUGCAUAGAGAGAGGGCCAUGAAGGAAAAAACAGUGCCUAUUGGAAAAGACGGCAGUCUGAGACUCUCAGCAGAAUACUGUCCAGAUAACCAAAGACUGCGAGUUCGACUCAUCAGUGCAGAGGGCCUUUAUCCUCUGUCUGUAGACUCCAAGAUUAUUAACUGUAGUGUCAGCCUGUCUCUGAUUCCUGGAAAAAUCCAGAAGCAACGCAGCACAGUCAUCAGAAAGAGCCGUAAUCCAAUCUUCAAUGAGGAUUUCUUCUUUGAUGGUAUCUCAGAGGAAGACCUCGGCCAGCGGUCCCUUCGCUUUAAAGUAGUGAAUAAAAUGUCCACUCUGAAAAGAGACUAUCUUCUCGGUGAUUGUGAUUUGACUCUUUCAAGCAUUGUAACAUUAUAA